UCCUCCAUAAUUUGACAAGCUCCUCCUCUCUUCUUACCCUACACACCACCCUCUCUAAUCCUGCGCAACCCCUUCUUCUUCUUCUUCUUCUUCUUCUUCCUAAAUAACCCAACAAAACACAAACCCUGAAUCUCCAAACUUCCAAACCCAACUUCACCAUUUCCAAACUGAGACAUCAUUAAUUGCCGACAGAACACAAAGCAGUUGGAGUUAUGCCGAGCAGCGCUGCAGGUUGGAGCCGGGAAGAAGACAAGGCCUUCGAGAACGCAAUCGCCUUGCAUUGGAUCGACGACGAUGAGGGAGCUUCCUGGGACAAGAUUGCGUCUUUGGUUCCGACCAAGAGCAUGGAGGAGUUGAAACGACACUACCAAAUGCUAGUUGAUGACGUCAGUGCAAUUGAGUCUGGGAAUGUUCCUGUUCCUACUUAUGGUGGGGAAGAAGCUUCCACAUCUCUGAGCAGUAGUACUGCUCGGGCUUCUUCUUCUUCUGGUGGAGCUUCAGCUUCGGAUAAGAGAUUGAGUCAUGGAAAUGGAGGUGGGUUUGCGGCUUUGGGUCAUGAAUCUUCUGGCCAUGGAAGUAAAGGAGCGUCCAGGUCAGAACAAGAAAGGAAGAAAGGGAUUCCAUGGACAGAAGAAGAGCACAGGUUGUUUCUACUUGGUCUUGACAAGUUUGGCAAGGGAGACUGGAGAAGCAUUUCAAGGAACUUUGUCAUUUCCAGGACCCCUACACAAGUGGCAAGCCAUGCGCAGAAGUACUUCAUCCGCUUGAACUCGAUGAAUCGAGACAGGAGGAGAUCCAGUAUCCAUGACAUUACCAGUGUCAACAAUGGUGGGGAUGUCCCAACCCAUCAGGCACCAAUUACAGGGCAACAGAGCAAUGCAUAUGCCCCAACUGCAGCCGCGAUAGGACCUCCAUCGGUGAAGCAUAGGCCUCAGCCGCAUAUGGCGGGUUUAGGCAUGUAUGGAGCGCCGAUGGGGCACCCAGUUUCUGCUCCUCCAGGGCAUAUGGCGUCCGCAGUUGGCACUCCAGUCAUGCUUCCUCCAGGACACCAUCCCCAUCACGCCCAUCCUCCCCCAUUUGUUGUCCCAGUUGCUUACCCAAUGGCACAUCCCACAAUGCACCAAUAACAACAGUUCUUUUAGGAUUUCAGAUUUUAGUGGUUUUGAAAGGAAUAAUAUUACGUAGCAGAGCAGAAUCAAGAGAACUGGAUUCACUUUCCUGCAGCAUUGAUUUAUAUUCUAAUCAUGUUUUUCGUAGAACAUUUUCGAAUUCAAAGUUGAAAUCAUUUUGUAAAUAUGAAAGCAGACAUGAUGUUGGAUUGUUCAUAAUGCAAUCCAUGUUUUUUUGUAGGCAACU